CCAGUCACACGAUUCCUCUUCCCUCCUUUUAACCCCACCACUUCAUUCUUCACCACAUUCACUUUCUUCCCUUACCAUUCUCAUAACUUUCUCAAAGUUUCUUUCUUUUUUUUUUCUCUCUCUGAUCUCUUCAAUCUGUUAUCGGAACCAUGAAAUUCGGAAAGAGCCUGAGCAACCAGAUCGAGAAAACACUGCCUCAGUGGCGCGACAAGUUUCUCUCCUACAAGGAACUGAAGAAGAAGUUGAAACUCGUGGAAGCCGCCCCCAAAUCCUCCGAGGAGCGCCCAGUGAAACGCGCAAGGGUCGAUGCGGACAUGUCCGUGGAGGAAAUUGACUUCAGGAACUCGCUCGAACAAGAACUCCACAAAUUCAACACCUUCUUUGAGGAGAAAGAGGAAGAGUGCAUCAUCAAAUUGAAGGAGCUACAAGAUAGGGUUGCCAAAGUAAAAGAUUGUAAUGAGCAGUUAAUGGAAAUUCGCAAGGAAAUUGUGGAUUUCCAUGGAGAGAUGGUCUUGCUCGAAAACUAUAGUGCUCUUAACUACACAGGACUAGUGAAAAUACUGAAGAAGUAUGAUAAGAGAACCGGUGCUCUCAUUCGCUUGCCUUUCAUUCAGAAGGUCUUGCAACAGCCUUUCUUCACCACUGACCUGCUCUACAAACUUGUGAAGGAGUGUGAAACAAUGCUGGAUCACCUUUUUCCGGUGAACGAUCCUUCGAUUUCUGGGGAAGCUGAGGGGUGUGAAGCUUCAACUUCAACUUCAACUUCAACGAACACAAAGAAUAAUGAUGAUCUGGUGAUGCCUAAAGAGUUAGCAGCCAACCAGCACAUUGAUGAGAGCCUCUACAUGAAGAGCACCAUUACAGCUUUACAUGUUUUGCAGGAAAUUAGAAAGGGAAGCUCAACAGUAAGCAUGUUUUCAUUGCCACCGCUGCAGAUGAGUGGUUUGGAAGAAACAUGGAACAAAAUCCCAAUUCUGGAACAGACAGCUAAGUAACCUGCCAUCAGAGUUCACCUUUUUUUUCUUUCAUUUCAAAAUCCAGUGCCUCAGAUGUAACAUGCCGCAGAUAGCAAACAACACGGAUGUAAAAUGCUGAAGAUAGAGAAUAUAUAUUGACACAAAAGAAUUAUAUACUCAUAUAAGAAAGACCAAAAACCUUCUCCAACUAUGAUCAUGUGCAAAACAAUGUAUCUAUACUUGAAGCUCACAUACAAACACUUUAUACGCACACAUGUCUCAUAGUUGGUCAGAGUUCCUUGAAUUUGGCUCUGUAGUUAUAAAACUUGGAGUUUAUAGAAAUUGUGAUGUUUUGACAUUUUUCCCGCGCUCUAGUCUGGGCAUAAAUUUAGUUUAUAAUGUUAUUGGA